GAAGGCGCUGACUACGAGGCAGUUCACGGUUUAGAUCGGGAAGAAGCACAUCUAUAGUAGUGUUUCCAUAAUCGAGUUAGGACUUCAACUUCAAUCAGAAAACGAUGGCAAGGAUUUCAUGUUGCAUCUUUUUCUUGUCUUUUUUUGCAGCAAUAACAGCCGGUCAACGUAUUUCCACCGCGAAAAUCGGCGACAACAGAUAUUUCAUCUCUUGGCAGAAUCCUUACGCCCCCCGCCUUAAUUUUCAUUUGGCUUACCAGUACUGUCGAACGAUUGCGAUGGAACUUAUUAGCUUGGAAUCUGCCGAGGAAGCCCAGCAGUUAGCCGAUUAUCUUCGCCCAGGAUCAUCGGCAGCUGAUUUUUGGACAUCGGGAAAUACAUUGGGAACUAGCACUUGGCUCUGGCUGAGUAACGGAUCUCCAUUUAACGGAACUUUUAACUACUGGCCCAACGGAUUAGAACCUAGCCGAUCAACGGAUUCCAACUGUCUACUGGUAACCGACCAAACGCAAACUUGGCGAGCCGAGAACUGUGCCCAGAAUAACCAUUUCAUUUGUGAGCAAACGCGCUGUUACUUCUACAAUUUCAAUCCCUUCGCCGCGUUAUCUACGACGCCUACGGGUCACACAGCUCGAUAAAGCUUGCGUUGCUCCUUAGAGUAAGAAUUCAUCCAAGUGUGAAAUAAGAAAGGAGAAGAUUUUAUGCAUCAUCAUCGUCGUAUGGCUUUGAAUUACUUAACCUAACGUACGCUCACCGAAUUUUACCUUACUGGGCCAUUGGUUCCUUAAGUUAUGUCUCUUUGAAAUGGUUGGUUAACUUGCUUCAAUACAUUUUUAAUAUAACUUAAA